AAAGUGAAUUGUGACAAAUAUUCUGAACAGUUCAGGCGCACGCUUAGUGGCGACAACAUCUCGAGAAUCUCAAAUAUAAAAUCUAAACCCCGGGGGCCAACAUUGAUUAUCAAUCACUGAUAACACGGAGUCAUAAUAUAGACAUUUUCAAUUCACGAUCCAUCAUUCCGAGUCGGACAUUCCGCGAGUGCGCUCUACAAUAAUUUCCACUUGGAUUCUCAAAUUAAAUAACUGGCCGGUUGAAAGGAUAACUGACUUAGUAGUGACUCCAAAACAGGAUUAAUCAACUAAUUAAAGCCAGACAGACAGACAGAUAGCAAUUAAACGGUACCCGCAGCAACGAUGUUCGCAUACACUUGGCAAUUCUCCUCUGUGUUCCUGGUGAUCCUGGCUGCCAUGGCCACGGCACGACCCCAACUCCAGGAGGUCCCACACGCCCUGCUGGACAUCGAGACGCCCAACCAGUUCAGCUACAGUCCCUCCCCGCUCUCCCAGCCGAACAGCCUGAGCUCGAAGCCGUACUUCGACUUCCUCAGCACCCUGUACGCCCACGACACCGCCAAGUCGAAUCUCUUCCGGCCGUACUCCGGACGCCAGCGCCGGGAUGUCCAGCCCCAGAAGCUGGAGCGCCAGCGCAGGGCCAUCGUCUUCCGUCCGCUGUUCGUCUACAAGCAGUCGGAGGUCCGCAAGCAGGAGAUCCGGGACAGGAAGGACGCCCAGAGGCGCCACGACCUCCAGCAGCUCUACCGCCUGUAGUUUUGCAGCAGAAGCAGCAGCACUGUUCUCCUUAUCCAGCCAACCGGGAAGUCAUCCGGCAUCCUCCUUGGCCUUCUACAGGGUCCUCUAGCACUUAGCCUUCCACUGUGUCCUUAGCCAUAAGUAAUGCACUGCAGCACGACUAAAGAGAGAGCACUCAUCGCUAUAUUAUUAUGUAUACGUCAUUCGCACCAUCCAACCACCGCCCACAUCCUUCUAGCCUAAGCCCCAGAUGUUUGUUAUUCAAUUGUUAUCUCCACAUUUGAUUAAAGCUGACAAAACUGAUUUUUAAUUGAA